CACCGCAGCUCCUUGCUCUGCAGAGGAGGCCCGUCGCCCCUCUCCCGUGGCCAUGAUGCCUGCAGCAACAGUCAAGGCUGGCAGCGUGCCCCUGUAUGACCCCCACCUUCUCCACCAGCUGGACUGGAGCCAGAACAGCGUGACCUUCUCUCCGGCCAUUUCUCCCGCAGACCCCGGCGACGGUUUGGUCUUGAGGCCGCUGUGCAUGGGUGACAUCAACCGAGGAUUUUUAAAAGUUCUGGGUCAGCUGACGGAAACGGGAGUCGUCAACCCGGAGCAGUUCACCAAAACCUUUGAGCACAUGAAGAGUUCUGGAGACUACUAUGUGACGGUGGUGGAAGACACAAAUCUAGGACAGAUUGUGGCUACUGCGACUUUAGUGAUAGAACAUAAAUUCACUCAUUCGUGUGCAAAGAGGGGACGAAUAGAAGACGUCGUCGUCAGUGGGGAAUGUCGGGGAAAGCAGCUCGGGAAACUAUUGACCUCUACUCUUACAUUGCUGAGCAAGCGACUGAAUUGUUACAAAAUCACACUGGAGUGUCUGCCCAAAAACGUAGCAUUUUAUAAAAAAUUUGGAUAUUCGGUAUCUGAAGAAAACUACAUGUAUCAAAGAUUCUUCAACUAAAGACCUGCUGGCUAUAAUCUCUUGCGACAGACUGAUUGGUGGGGGGAAACUGAGUUACUGUCUUUAUUCUCUUUGUGGAAAACAAAUAUUUACUGUAGAUGGAACAAUCACCUCUGAAAAUGGGACAAAAAAUAUCUAAAUGCUGCAGGCAGAUUCUUUUAGGUUUCUUUACAGACGGCGAAACCUAUUUUUCCUACUGUUCAUACUAUGUGGUGUUUUUUGUUAAUGGGGAGUGGAAGAAUAUAACGGAGGGAGAUGGUUUUCUAAACCAAAGGGUAUAUAUAUUUUUACCUGAUACAUUUUCUUGCCUCGUAUUUUUCUAAAGUUCGAUGCUGCUUUUUCUGGGUAGCCAAACAAGUUCCGACGAGUUUGGGCUGACUUCUGCAAUUUCUCUCCCUUUGGAAUGGUGAAUGCAAACUCUUUGUCGGGCUUAACGGUCACUGCUGUUGUCAUGAAUGUACCUCAACAUUUAACGUGCCCUUGAAGAGUCCCAGGGCAGUUUCCCAACUGGGAUAGCUGGUGCAAUUGGUUCUGUUUUAGCCCAAAGUAACAGAGAUUAGGAUACUUGCUUAACACCUCAGAUGACCCCACAGUUGAUGCCUACAACAGGAUGUGACAAUUCUCCUCUCUACGGAGAGCAGAGAAUUCCCGGUACACACAUACACGCCUUACCUGCUUGAACUUGUUGGUGUUUAUGUUUGCGGGUGAAAGGCUCUGCCGUGUUCAGCGCAUGCUACGUAUCCAGAAUCAUGUUCUCAGGAGCUCGGUGGGAUUAGGCACUUUACAUAGAUCAUUUUAGCACUUUGUCAGUAGUCGACAAUAAACGUAGGACAAAUCCACCCGCCAUACUAAGUUCAGGGCAUUGUGAGCAAAUGAAGGCUAUCGCUGAACCACACAGAGGGCUAUUCUCAGCUGGGGGGGGCU